UCAGAGGGCUUUUUCCUUCCCAACUGCGACAACGCGACGCCGCCAAGUUCAUAUGCGUCUGCAGCCCUGCCGAGAUCAAGAUGUAUUUCCUUACUCGAAGUGGAGAAGGACCAACAAAACCUCUCAAUCCCAGCGGACCUCCGACAAAAUCCGCCAAAGGGCCGCCUGCGACGCCCCUGCCAGCUACUUCGCCAGCUACAGGACCAACUCCCAGUUGGAGUCCCUCCUGCAGUACACGUGAAGUUCAAUAAACCAUGGCAAAUGAAUCGAUGGCCGAAUGUGCCAUAUGUAUCGGGGAGCCUACCUUCCUUGGCUCUCCGCGAGACGAUCACGUGGGGGCGCCGUUUCCAAUUUUGGCCGUUUCCUUGGGGGCGAGUCUCGGCAGUCUCCCCUUUCCCCUCCCCUCCCCUCUUCUCCUCCCUCUUCUUUUCCCGUCUGCGUGUGUGCCCUCCCCCCGUGUGUGAAGGAGCCAUGGCGUCGAAGGAAAGACACUCUGUCCGCAUGAGCGUCGACAU